AUGACCAUUAAAGAAGCAGUAACAAGGAGGUUAUUACAAGACGUUAAACGAGCAUUCAGGGUAACCUGGAUCAGAAAGCACGACGUCCAGAUCCUGACGGUGGGCACCUUCACCUACACGACCGACCCGCGCUUCUCGGCCCACACCAACGAGCGAGGCGACGAGUGGGUGCUCAGAAUUACGGGCUCCUCCAUGGACGACGAGGGCGGCUACGAGUGCCAGGUGUCCACGGACCCCAAGAUCUCCACUACCUUUCACCUGCAUGUCGUCGUGGCGUAUGCAGAGAUGGAGGGGCAGUACGAGCAAUAUAUGAACAGCGGAGGCGACAUUGACCUGAGGUGCUCCGUGCCCCGCGUCACGAAGCCACCGGACUACAUCCUAUGGUAUCAUGGCAAAAGAGUUAUCAACUAUUCGGUUAGGAGUGGAGUCCAGGUAUUCACCAACAGGAAAAAGAAAUCAUCACGCCUGCUGAUCAAAAACGCAGGUGUGUCUGACAGUGGAAAUUACACCUGCGUGCCCUCCAACGCCAAAGCCGCGUCUGUCAUUGUUCAUGUUAUACAAGAGGAGACCCCGGCAGCAAUACAACGCGGAAGUAGCGAGAGCCUCUCCGCAAAUCUGCCCAACCUAAUGUGCCUCGUUGUGGUUAGUUUCAUCCGAUUCUCCUGCUUUUAAAGACUUGCUUCUGUCAGAACCCGGAUGUGGAGGUUGCCGGUUGCGGAUUAGCGAUGGCAAUUUUACCUGCUGCAAGAGAGAGAGAGAGAGAAAGAGAGAAGGAGUUUCGGUGCAUCGCUGGAGCCCGGAGCGACUGUCUCCCGCGUGUCAUCUGAUUGCUCUUGAAUGAAGUGAGCUCCAAGACCCCGAUCAAGCAGUAUUGUGGGAUAAGAAGAGCUGGACCUUCGUAUUUUCCUUCCUUCCUCUUGCGUGGGAGAGAGAAGACACGCGCCAAUAUGAGACCCGAAGAGGAUUUUUUUAAGCUUCGUCUGCUAGAGAGCAACCACACAUGUUUCUUCGGUGUUGCAUCUAGCCCUUGUGUGGUGGAACAGUUAUGUCCUCGUGAAGGUUGCGUGUGUGCGUGCGCGGAGUGGGGCCAUUGCGAGAGGGGGCGAUCUGAAGGGAAAUGUACAUAUCAGACGUUUUAGAUUGAAUAGGUAGUUCAAGUCAAGGCUCAUUCAUCUCACAGAUGUAUUUAUCAUUAAUUUCCAAGGCAUUUCUUCAUGAAUAUUUGCAUCGUAGAGGAAAACAGAAUAGAAGAAAAUCCCAUCACAUUUGCCAAGCUAACGUUUUCUACCUCGCAGGAAAAAAGGUCGUCAUGGACAUGAGUUUUGUUAAGAGUUUUAUUGACUCUGCCGGAAAUCGCUCGCUCAGAACGGACUAAUCCAGAGACGAACAAUAGAACUGUGAUAUUCAAAACAGUGAUUAUAUUAGACGAAGGGAAGAAAGCAUAGCACAAUUUCCAGAAAAAAAAAAACACGAAAUAUAUUCACGACAUGAAAUUGCUACAUGAUUUUUUUUUUUUUUUUUUUUUUUUUUACUUUUUAUUCGUUUUAACAAUUUCAAACAUGCGGUCAAUAUAGUAGACACUUCCCUGACAGCGAUGUGACGGACAACACAGAACCGCCUCUGGGAGUAACACGAAUGACACGCCCAUGUCAAGGGUCCCAGUAAACUCGGUCUGACAGUGCAGCCGUGACAGUGUCUCGCAAUAUACUGAAAUAAAGACCUCGUUAACCCGGACUCCCCUUUAUGACAGAAUACUGAUAAUUCGGAGUGUUUGUACGUGUGCUCGACUUAGGCUCAUUCUAGAAAACAGGUCGAGGUAACACUUGACACAAGAUAUUAUACGGAAAAAAAAUAUCCUCCUCACGAACAACAGUGAAAAAAAAAGUGUGAAAAGAAAGACUACAAACAAGUGAAGGGAAAUCAAAGAAAAAUAAAUAAUUAAAUAAUCAUUACUUAGGUGCCAGUGAAUUAUAUAUACAUAUAUAAAAACAACAACAACAGGCACCUUAGCUGUUAGUGUCGACGUUGCAUUGCAAGCGGCGGCGCAACAAGUAUAUGUCAGUGUCAACAUGAUAACCCAUACCCCUACCCCUUAUACACCCCCCCCCCUCCUGAAAGUCACCCUUACGUUUCAUGAUGUUCCAUUGCAAGGCGCUCACGGAAAGUAAGAUGUGACGUUAGUGUUAUCUGUUCAAUAAUAAAAACGAAAAAAAAAAAAAAAAAAAAAAAAAACAGCCGGUCUUUUUCACAGUUGUUCAUCGUGUGAUGUAAAUGAUACCAAGUGGAUUGGAUAAUUUACAUAUUGUAGUUUUUUAGUUCGUCUUUAUUUGUUUAUUAUUAUUAUUAUUAUUAUUAUUGUUAUUAUUACUAUUAUCAUCAUUAUUAUUAUUAUUAUUAUUAUUAUUAUUAUUAUUAUUAUUAUUAUUAUUAUCAUUAUUAUUAUUAUUGUUAUUAUUAUUAUUAUUUCUUUAUAUACAUACAUCUUCUAUCUUUGAGAUAAGUCGGGGUAUCAGCGAAUGAUUUUUAUACAAAAUAUGGGAACUAUAGUAAAAGGAUAUUGUGUGGAAGUUUUGAAAGUAUUUUUAAAGAUAAUCGUAGUAGAGAGAGAAAAAAAAAUCAUAGUUACCUCGUUAAACUCAACUUUAUACUGAACAUAAUGUAAAAUAAAGAUGUUUGAUGGUUGCAAUUUCUGUUUCGUUGAGAGAUUUCAGUUCUACAUACACACACAUACAUACAUACAUACAUACAUACAUACAUACAUACAUACAUACAUACAUACAUACAUACAUACAUACAUACAUACAUACAUA